CCACAUAUAUACAUGCAGCAAACUUGUCAGUACACAUAGUCACCACUAACGUCAGAAACAGUAGUACUGUCAGUAGAGGCUGUAGAGCUCUCCCCUGGCCAAGAACUCUGAACGAAAAUGUCAGAGGCCGACGUGCGUGUGAUCGGGCUAUGGCCGAGCCCGUUCGUGAUCCGCGUCCUGAUCGCGCUGAAGCUGAAGGGCGUCGAGUACGAGCUCGUGGAGGAGGUGGUGGGCAAGAAGAGCGAGCUGCUGCUGAGGUCGAACCCGGUGCACAAGAAGAUCCCCGUCCUGCUCCACCACGGCAAGCCCAUCUCCGAGUCUCUCAUCAUCGUCCAGUACAUCGACGAGGUCUGGUCCUCCGACACGCCGGCCUUCCUCCUCCCCGCCGACCCCUACACCCGUGCCGUCCAUCGGUUCUGGGCACAGUACGUCGAUGACAAGCUGCCUCCGGCGAUCCGCAUACUGAGGGGAACGGACGGCGGUGGCAAGGACGAAGCGGCGGAGCAGCUGUCCGCCGCCCUGCAGCUCUUGGAGGAGGCUUUCACGAAGCUCAGCCAGGGGAAGCACUACUUCGGCGGUGACAGCGUCGGGUACCUGGACAUCGCUCUGGUGUCGUAUGUCGGCUGGGUGAAGGCGGUGGAGAAGAUGGCCGGGGUCACUCUCCUGGACAAGGCGAAGGUUCCGAACCUGGUGGCAUGGGCUGAUCGGCUCUGCAACCACCCGGCCGUGGUGGAAUCGAUCCCUGACGCGGACAAAUUCGUUGAGUUCAGCGUCACCUAUGGGUCGUUCUCAAAGCCUAUCAAUGGUCCCAAGUGAGGAAAAGGGUCUGCUUGUGUUUGGUGAUUUCACUGCGUGUGUGCCAUGCCAGUGCGUGUCACUGUCAAUAAGGUGUAGUUUGUACGUGUCGUUCCUCUGGAAAUAAAGCUUUCUUUAACUUUAUAUAAGAAGUUUGUGCCCUUCAAAGGGAAUCGACA